AAACACGCUCAGCGGUCAGCUGACCGGAGCAUAUAAACUAUGUCUGAACAUUUUAUACCAGCGAUCAGCUUCACCGAAAAUGCAUGUCGACAUCCUCAGAGCACCCUUGCCGAAAUGGCCGUCUUGGGUCCGAUUAGUAGUGUAGUAAUCUACACUCGGCUUCGUUCACAUCUCCGGCACACACGUUCGUUGGUUCAAGUUUUCACACCACAACAAUGGCUAAACGGCACACGAUGCCGUCCAAAACGCCGCUGUCACCUCCACGGUACCAGCCCGCGUACGGACGGAUGGACCCCAGGCCCAGGCCCUGGCGGUGAAUCGACCCGAGCGAACGGUGGUGGCCUCUAUCCCUUCUCUCGGCAGCAGCUGCUGCUGUGUAAUGGUACGACGAAUGCGCACGGUAGGACGCACCAUCUAGCAGUAGUCCCCGGCGGUGAUCUCGGUGAUACAUCUUACCGCUGGCGCUUAGACAUUAGUUAGUUAUUUCUGUUCGAGCGAUACACCACGCCAAUGAGGUGGCCGUUACCACUACCUAUCCUGUGCUAGUGACGCGCGUACUGGUUCCUUAUACUGUGCAGAACACACCAGCGCCAUCCACCAUCGAGAAUGUUUGCCAAGCAGUGGAGUCCCGGUAAGGUUGCGUUCGUGGUGUUCCUGCUGGCGGCAAGCGCCCUCAGCACGGACGUGGAUCCCGCUCAUAAACCACACUCAAGGCAACCGCGUGGAUUGGGCUUCUUUCACAAGAUAACACACAUCGGUUCGUUGCUCUAUCAGCAGUACAAUGACACCACCUACACGCUGAAGAAUGUCUACGAUCUGCUGAGCAACGAGUUCACGGACACCUUCACGACGACCACACCGGAUCCUCGCACGACAUCUACUACACCUGAUCCGUCCACCAGUACAACACCAAAAUAUCGCAUCUCACGAGCAGAGCUGGGACGCAUCCUGAACCGCAAUUACCGGGGUCUUCAGAAACUGUUUCGGCUCGAAUGGAACGACGCAUGGAACCAAACAAAGUACAACAUCGACGACUACAAGCGGGAACUGAAGAACUCGGCGUUCCCACCACGCAACAAAACUGCCGGCCCUAUCAAUGUUAACCUAACGGUGGAGGUUAAUGCAGAUCUGAAGAAGCCGUAAGAAGAGCGUCCGAUACUACACCCCAAACGCAUUCCUCACUGUGAUAAUGAUGCAAUCUCGUCCCUUAUCGGAAUGCGUAAUACCUGCUCUAACAGAGAACCCUUAUUCAUGUGAGAACUCUGCCGUGGAUAGGAAGCUAGAACGCUACCUAGCAGCAGCUUCCCAACACUUCCAUUUCCAUUUAAAAUUAAGAUAGGCUUAGCUAGAACUUGACCUGAGUAUGAUAGGUAGGUACUUUAGAACACACAUUUCGUGGGACUCGCAGGGUUUAGUGUAAAGCAGGUGUGCCGCGUAUGUGUAUAUAGCGUAAAACGUGACGGUACGGUAAGCAUCCAUGGGUAGUAAGAAAAAAAGGAAGGUUUCUUUGUAACUAAUUUUGCGCUCCUAUUCUAGCUGGGUGUUGUCAUUAGGUGUAGAUAGAUCGUAAUCUGAGACAUAGCUAGACAAAUUCGGUUUGCCAACGAACAGAUAAGCGUGGCGCAAAACUGACGCACCCGAUUUGUUUUGUGAGCAAUCCGUUCCAUCUCUCAGGUGGACACACCUGAAUGAUCCUCUAUCGCAAUAAAAAAUGUCUGACAAAGCUUUCCGACCGUAAGUAAACACACACAGACACAACGCAUCGGUAUGUUUGCAUUUCACCGACUCCGAACGCCCCGAUGUCGAAAUGUUGACCGAUCGGUCCCACCAUCGCGCAUCAAGGUUAGCGGGCCUUCAGGUGGCAAUGGCUGGGCAUCGAAGCAGCAGAAAAACGACACAUUGACGCAUCUUCACUAUCUCGCAUAUUCACCGUUGGCUAUUCGCGCUUUUUUUUUGAUGGUCGUUUUUCUUCAACAUUUCACACCAGGUUGACAUUGGUUUCGUGCACCAGGUUUCGUCACCGGAUGUAUGCCGCCACCAUACGCGGUCUUAUUAUGCCGUUGAACUUGAAGGUUUGUAAUUUCGGUUUUUCGCCAAAAAUUUGGCAGCUAUUACGCCGUCCAAGGUUAUUGGACGGAAUGGAACCCGACAGCGGCGCGUGAUGUGAAAUCUAUGCAGACAUUUUGCCAGUUUUUAUUUGUAAUCAGGUAUAAAAAUACUGUAAAGCAGUAGACCGUAACAAUACGCCAGUGUUUAACGGUAAGUCGUUAAAGCCAUCUAUAACUAUGGAACCAAUAUAUAGAUAACCCUCAGUCUUGCGAAUAAAUUCACCGAGCUAGUUGAUCAGUGAAACAUGUUGAUAAUGGAUGCCAUUAGUAGUGGGGGGGUUCCUCUUGUGUACGUCCGUUAAUGCAUUAUCGCUAGCGAUAGUUCUGAAGCAGGGGCGAGCGGGUUCAUGAAGAUCAGUUUCAUCUAGCCAAGGGCUUUAUAGCCGGCAAUGACUGGCAGCGCUUUCUUAGCCGCCCGGAACACAUUACGUCCAAGUUUUUCCUGCAAGCAAAGCGAAUGAUGAGAACAAUUACGCUUUUU